GCCCGGUCCGGCCCAGCCCUCCCUUCUCACUGCUGUAUAUAAGAUGGGCCCAUCUGACAAGUGGAGAGUGAUAGUGUGAAGAAAUUCUUAGAGGUGGUACAGUUCAUCAGCUGCACAAUGACGAUUUCUUCCUUCUGUACUCUGCUGGUCUUUGUGUGUGUAACAUUCACCUUCUGCUCGGCUCAAUUGAGCAGCUGUGCUGGGAGGUGUGGGGAGCCCUUCUAUCGGGGCCACCUGUGUCACUGCGACUACGACUGCCUCGGCCAUGAAGAGUGCUGCAGCGACUUUGAGGGCGCCUGCACCACAAGUGGCUCAUGUAAGGGCCGGUGUGGCGAGCCUUUUAAGAGGGGCAGGCAGUGUAACUGUGAUGCAGACUGUGUGGAGUUCAAGCAGUGCUGUCCUGAUUACAAGAGCUUCUGCGAUGCUGAUGCAGACGAAUCAGCAGAAAAAACGCCAUCAAAACCGCCAGCAGAAAAGCCUUCAAAAAAGUCAUCCAAAAAGCAGUCUAAAAAAAAGUCUUCAAAAAAGACAAAGAAGCCCAAAACGCCAGCCAAACCCACCGCCGCCGCUGAGCUUAGCCCAUGCGCCACCACUCACGCUAGCAAGCCUGCAGAACUAGAUCCUCCCAUGCCAGAGGAAUCGGAUCCUAUCCAGCCUGCUCCUGAAGAUGUCAAUGAGGCCAUCAAUUUCGUACCAGACACACCAGAGGUAGCUCCUCCCCCUGAAGCCACUAGUGGGUACGAGCCCCCGGCAACUGCUGCUCCUGAGUCCCUAGUGCCAACCGUUGCCAUGGCAUCACCUAUGCCAGAUGAUGCCGAGGCAGUGCUGGACACAGAGCUGAUGGAUGAUAUGCUGACCCCAGACAACUUCAACCCAAACCCCAUCCCCGACCCCAACCCCACUGUGCCUGAUGAGACCCCACCAGGGCCCUCCGACCCUACAGCCCCUUCGUCUAUGGAUCAGACUCCCCCCACGGACAACCUGGGGCCUUCCUCAGACCCAUCAGACCCUCUCCCUACCCUGGCCUCUACUCCAGCAUCUGAGCCAGUGGAUGAGGACAGCGACCCACAGAGUCCAGCCAGCGAGCCCACAUCAUCAAGCCCAGACUCUGAGGGUCAAGAUUCGCCCAACACCAUGCCGAGCACAGCUAGCGUUAUGAUCACAACCGGCCCUACUGCUCCAUCUGCAUCUGAAGGAGCCACGACACCUGCAGACUCUCCUGUCGACUCGAACCCUACUCCCUCCACCCCAGCAGAUGGAGCCGACACGCCUGUGCAAGGUGACCAGACUAAACCAGGAGAGAACCCGGACCCAGCCUCCACCGAUGCUCCAGGUACCUCCGAUAGCCAGGCUACCACCGUCACCCCUCAAGAUGUUUCAGGUGCUCCAGCCGGAGAUGCAUCAGACAAACCCUCUGAGCCACAAGAUCCAACCACCACCAGAAACCCACCUACGGGCAGUGAGACCGUACCCACCGGCCAGCCAACUGUGGCAGGGGAGGAUGGCAAUCAGCCCUUGGCCACCCAAGACCCUGUUGUCUCACCUUUGUCACCUGAUUCCACUGCUAUACCCACUGACGCAGUCCCCACAAAGCCUGGAGAGACCCCAUCAAAGCCUGGAGAGACACCUUCUAAACCAGGGGAGACACCUUCUAAACCUGGGGAGACACCAUCAAAGCCUGACGAGACACCUUCUAAGCCAGGGGAGACACCAUCAAAGCCUGGUGAGACACCAUCAAAGCCUGGUGAGACACCAUCAAAGCCUGGUGAGACACCUUCUAAACCAGUAGAGACACCUUCUAAGCCAGGGGAGACACCAUCAAAGCCUGGAGAGACCCCAUCAAAGCCAGGAGAGACACCAUCUAAACCUGGGGAGACACCAUCUAAGCCUGGAGAGACACCAUCUAAGCCUGGCAGUGCCAUCACCAUCCCAGGACUGGACAACACCCUGGGCUACCAGUCAGACGACAGCAAUGACACUAACCUCUGCAGUGGGCGCCCCAUCAACGGCCUGACCACGCUGAGGAACGGGACCACAGUGGUUUUCCGAGGACACAUCUUCUGGAUGCUGGACUCCAGGAGGGUGCCAAGUCCACCACAACGCAUCACAGACGUGUGGGGAAUCCCCUCCCCCAUCGACACAGUCUUCACCCGCUGUAACUGCCAAGGGAAGACCUACUUCCUUAAGGGGCGUAACUACUGGCGUUUUGAGAACGAUGUGAUGGACCCGGGCUAUCCCAAGGCUAUCCGGACAGGCUUCGACGGCCUAUCAGGUCACAUUACUGCAGCUCUGUCUGUGCCUGCUUACAGGCAGAGGAGGGAGUCUGUGUACUUCUUCAAGAGAGGUGGCCGAGUGCAGAAAUACUCGUACGACCCCUUGAAGGCACCCAAAUGUGGCAACCAGCCCAGCCAGCCUAUGCUACCCAGCCAGCCUAUGCAGCCCAGCCAGCCGAGGGUUCACUACGCAGUACUGACCAGACGCAACAGGAGGCAGGCACCAGCAGCAACCUACCUGGGUAAGGAGCUGAGCAUCAAGACCAGCUGGAGGGGUUUCCCUACCACCGUCACCUCAGCCGUCUCCAUGCCCUCCAGAUUCGCACCAGACGGAUACAACUAUUACGUCUUCUCCCGCACAACGCACUACAAUAUCAAGAUCGAUGCAGAGCGGCCUAAGCUUGAGACACCAAUCACCACCACCACCACUCAGACACAGGGCACUCCCAAGAGCUUCUUCAACUGCCCCAAGAACACACAAACCUGAGACGGGACACGGACACAUACAAAUGAUGUGGCACAAAUUACAAAAUGUCUAUCGGUAGACACUGCAUAACGAAGUCUCCACACUUCAUCUGACCAAAUACCACAAACAGAAGUUCAGUAAAAAAAUGUUCAUACUUUAUUUGUACUUUCUCACUGAUCACAAUUGCUGCUGACAAUUACGCGCACAAUAAAAAUAAUCAAUCCUCUGACGAUUUAGAAAAGGAGAAAAACAAGAGCAAGAGCACACCACACAGCUGCUGAACUGGCUUGAAGCAAAUAAAACUUAGUGAUGUUGAGUGGAACUGUAGUUGCUGGGCUUUAGUUGCUGCAGGGGAUGAUAAAGGUGUGACACUGUAUGGGAAAUGGCCUUAUUUCAGAGAGCGAUCUCUGAAUCCCAUGCCUGCGGAGAGAGAAGAGAGAGGAUUCAGUAACCAGUAACAUUCACACUUCACAUGAAAGAGUUUCAUUGCAAAAUGGUGUAUAUCCAUUUUGGGAAAUUACAUUUUUGUUCUGGGCAUUCCAUUGCAUUGCAUUGCAUUGGAAAGUGCAUUUUAUACAGGUUUAAAAAGUAUGUUCUGAAAAUAUUAGAAUGGCAAGUAUUCCCACAUAGAUGAUAGGACUUCUGAACAGUCACUUUCAAUAAUAAAAUACAAGUCAAAAAUGGUGGAUACACAAAUUUGCAACAAAACUCUUCACUUCUUCAUGCCUCCUACAAUGUGUUCAACACUGAUCAAGUCAGAUCCUGUACAUUUGACUGUAAAAUGUGUUUUUAUACAUCUUAUUAAAUGUAAUAACUA